CUCUCGACUUCAACUUCAUUGACUCUUCCCUCCAUCCUCCCCCCUCACUCUCCCCCCAUUGGCCUCUCUCUACCAUGUCUUUCCGGCCAAUGUUUCACCAGCGGGCUGUGGCCCCCAUUGCGGCCACUCUUCUGGCUGGAGGAGUUGCUUUCUAUCCCCGGCGGACGGCCUUUGCAGAGGAACCCCGGGACCCGAGAAAACCCAUCUACGAUGACUACGAGGACGAGAUCCCGACCACGACCAGCACCAGCAACAUCCCGACUCCCACGAUCACUCCAUCCUCUUCCUCCAUCAUCCCGGCGACGCCGACCUCCUCCUCCGCCUCCUCCUCCCCGACCCCCACAGACAUCCUGACCGCGCAAGUCCGUCAAGCCCGACUAUUCCUGUACCAGAACUCCUUGGCGGUGGAGACCAGCUUCAACAACUUCCUGUCGCGGGCGCUGCACAUCGAGAACGCCUUCACCAACACGGUCGCGUCGCUGGCCCCGUCGCCCGAGUCGGGCGAGCGCCUCCUCCCCGGCGGCGUCUACGUCGUCGUGGCCGCCAUGGCCGGCUCGAUCGUCUCGCGCAACCGCGGCGUGCUCCUCCGCACCGCCUCCCCGCUCGCCUUCGGCACCGUCGCCGCCUGGUCCCUGCUGCCCGUCACCAUGCGCAACGUCUCCGACCUCGUCUGGGAGUACGAGAAGAAGGUCCCCGCCCUGGCCGACUCGCACCUGCGCUUCCGCGCCCAGGCCGAGCACAUCUACCACACCGGCCUCGCUCACAGCGCCAUGGGCCGCGCCAUGUUGGAGGAGAAGAUCGGUGACGCCCGCAAGAAGCUGGAGGAGGUCGUCAGCAAGGGUCAUUAAAUAAAACUGCUGCUUCCUGGUCGUCUGUCUUGUUUAGCCUUUCUGCCUGUGUCUGUGUGUGUUGUGUGUCGAAGCGGAACGUCAUUGUGUCCUCCCCCUUUUCCUAUGUGCUCUGCUUGAGCCCCCCUCCCCCUUUGUGGUUAGGUUAUAGGAUUUGGGAUGAUCUACUUCCUGGCAUCAUUCUAUCAUCGUCCGUUUCUUUUGUCCAUCUGUCUGAGUGUGGCUGUGGGUGUGUAUGUGUGUACUUUAAGAAGCUUAGAAUUGAAGAGCGCACGAUUCUAGAC